CAGUCACACUACUGAUUCAGGCCACUUCUACUUGGGGUGUUGCUCUGCCCCUGGAGCUGCUCCCGUCCCCUGGAGCCUCUUCAACCUCACCUGGAGCAGCCACCUGCGUGUGCACAGCGGACUUCCCCUCGCUGGCGUGGAAAGGUGCCGCCUUGGAAUGGAGAGGAACAGUUGGCUGCUGGGUCGGGGGGCGCGGUGGAUAUUGACCUUUGCCCCAGCCUCGUCGCGAGGGCACAGCGCAUCUCCCAGCAGCCUCCUUCCUCUGACAGAACCCGUUUCCGGCUUCCGAGGCUCCAGCGAGAUGUUACUAGUGCUGCUGCUGCUGCCCAUGUGUUGGGCCGUGGAGGUCAAGCGACCCCGGGGCGUCUCCCUCACCAACCAUCAUUUCUACGACGAAUCCAAGCCUUUCACUUGCCUGGAUGGCUCUGCCAGUGUCCCUUUUGAUCAGGUCAAUGACGACUACUGUGACUGCAAGGAUGGCUCAGAUGAACCAGGCACAGCCGCCUGUCCCAACGGCAGCUUCCACUGCACCAACACUGGCUACAAGCCCCUGUACAUCUCUUCCAGAUGGGUCAACGAUGGAGUUUGUGACUGCUGUGAUGGGACGGACGAAUACAACAGCGGGAUCGUCUGUGAGAACACCUGCAAAGAGAAGGGCCGUAAGGAGAGAGAGACUCUACAGCAGAUGGCGGAGGUGACCCGCGAGGGGUUCCGCCUGAAGAAGAUCCUAAUUGAGGACUGGAAGAAGGCCCGAGAGGAGAAGCAGAAAAAGCUCAUUGAGCUGCAGGCUGGAAAGAAGUCACUGGAGGACCAGGUGGAGUUGCUGCGGACACUGAAGGAAGAAGCUGAGAAGCCAGAGAAGGAGGCCAAGGACCAGCACCGGAAGCUGUGGGAAGAGCAGCUGGCCGCCUCCAAGGCCCAGCGGGAGCAGGAGCUGGCGACCAGUGCCUUCCAGGAGCUGGACGAUGACAUGGACGGGGCGGUCUCCGUGGCCGAGCUGCAGACCCACCCGGAGCUGGACACAGAUGGGGACGGGGCAUUAUCAGAAGGGGAAGCCCAGACCCUCCUCGGGGGAGACACGCAGACAGAUGCCGCUUCCUUCUCUGACCGCAUCUGGGCUGCCAUCCGGGACAAGUACCGGUCCGAGGUGCUGCCCACCGACCCGCCGUCGCCUUCUGCACCCGACUUGACGGAGCCCAAGGAGGAGCAGCCCCCGGUGCCCUCACAGCCCACAGAGGAGGAGGACGAGGAAGAAGAGGAGACAGAGGAGGAGGAGGAGGGGGAGGAGGGGGAGGAAGAGGAUUCCCAGGUGCAGGGGGAGCAGCCCAAGGAGACCCCAUCCCCAGUCGUGCCCCCCCAGACAGCCAGCCCCACAGAGGAGGACAAAAUGCCGCCCUACGAUGAGCAGACACAGGCCUUCAUCAACGCUGCCCAGGAGGCCCGCAACAAGUUUGAAGAGGCCGAGCGGUCCCUGAAGGACGUGGAGGAGUCCAUCAGGAACCUGGAGCAGGAGAUUUCCUUUGAUUUUGGUCCCAACGGCGAGUUUGCCUACCUGUACAGCCAGUGCUACGAGCUCACCACCAAUGAGUACGUCUACCGGCUCUGCCCCUUCAAGCUCGUCUCGCAGAAACCCAAACUCGGUGGCUCCCCCACCAGCCUCGGCACCUGGGGCUCGUGGGCUGGCCCCGACCACGACAAGUUCAGCGCCAUGAAGUAUGAGCAGGGCACGGGCUGCUGGCAGGGUCCCAACCGCUCCACCACUGUGCGCCUGCUGUGUGGGAAGGAGACAGUGGUGACUAGCACCACGGAGCCCAGCCGCUGCGAGUACCUCAUGGAGCUGAUGACACCGGCCGCCUGCCCAGAGCCACCACCGGAACCGCCUGCUGAGGGCAACCACGAUGAGCUCUAGCCCUGUCCUGCCCCGCCUGGCCCGGCCCGGCCCAGAGAACCUCAAGACGUGGAACCAGCCCCCAGCGGUGCUGCCCGCCUGCCCCUCAGUCUGUAGACCAAGACUUGCCCCUCUGGGUCUCCUUGCCCUCCCCAGCGGGCAGGAACCGGGUGGGGCUCCACGCCCUUGCUCUGGGGGCAGGCGGGGCAGAGCCACGUUCCCCCCCGGCCCUGGGUGCCUCCAGAGGUGGAAUAAAGGAGCCUGCCCUCCCUGGGCCCCCCGCCCUGCUGGCCCCCCACUACCCAGGGCAUCUGCCUCCCCUCCUGGUGUGGAAGAGUGACUUGAUCUAUGACCUCUAAACAAUAAACGUGAUCUCCCCAACUCA